AUGGCUGUGCCGCAGAUGUUCAAACGGUCUCGCUGCAGCAUGAUGAAGUAUGAGUUCUGGCCAUCAGACUUGCAGCGGGCUGGGCACACCUCUGUGGACGUGCAGGAUAAUGAACCUCUUGGGCAACAUCUGGCGGGAAUCCAGCGCCAUGGAGUGUAUGAGAUCCACAUGGCUCGCAUGCAGAAGCUGCCCUGCAAGCUGAUACCAACUUCCAAGUUCCGGAAUGGGGCCGAGCGAUGGUGGUGCCCGAUCCAUCAGGGUAGCUACGGAAGAAAGGCCCAGGUUGCCAAAGCUGCGAAGACAGGAAUCAAGUGCUGUGAUCGGUGUGAUGCUCUGAUGGACUUUGUCCGCUCUUCCGAGGUCCUUGAACUGAAGCUAGUAGCACCUGGUAAGGUGCGUGGAGAAAAUGACUUCUGUGAGCGUGGCAUCUGGAUUGGUUUGGCCCCGGCACUCGACACCUACAACGACAAGGCCAAGUACUUCUAUGCGGGGAUUCACGUCCAUGCACGCAAGGAAUUGGGAGGGCCCAAGGUGAUCGACAAGAACUUCCCUGCAGUGCGCAUCAAGGAUGCUACAGGGCGAUUUCCAAAGAUUCCUGAGUCCGGGAUCCUUGUGACAUCACCCGCUGCCCUGGAGUACUUGUACUACAUGGAGCAUCGUUGCCCAGUGAAUGCCCAGCUUCAGCUGAACCUGGAAGAAGCUCAGAGCCUGCCACGCUCGAGCGUGGAUCUCACAGAUGUUGUGAAAUGCAAGCAUUGCGGUGCCUUGCACGAGGAUAUCGGAGAUUUCUUCGGGGAGAACGCGCACAAGAAGCACCUGUGUGGUACAUGUGGGCGGGAGAUAUUUUGCCGCGGUGGUAACAUUGGCAAUCCCCUGCAGCUUUUUGAGCGGGCCUGGCGCCGAGAGAUCGUGGGGGAGAAGAUUGACCCCCAGAACAAGGAGAUCCACAUUGACACGAAGGUACAUCGCCUGAUGUGUUGGCCAUCCACGCCAGCGCUGUUUUGGAGCCGAGAUGCGCCAGAGAUUUGGGGCAUCCAUGUGCAUGGAUUCGAUGCUGAAGGACACAGAGUCAUCGACGACACCUAUGGCACGGUUUAUGUGGAUGGAAAGAAGCUCGACCGUGCAAAGCUCUUUGCAGACAUGCUGCAAAACAGCUUCUGGAUGCAGGACGAGGCUGAGAUGGCCGCUGUAGCCGAGGAGCUGGAGGAUGACUGA